AAAACUUUCUGUACUUGAAAGUGACUCGGAUGUUUGCUACGUUCAAUAAAAAUGCAAGCUGAAUUAAAUCACAAUCAAAAUUAAAAACAAAUGAACACAUGCAUACUUUUGCGUUAUGUUUUCUUUAAGGGUACAACACUAUGAAGACAUAGUGUUGACGGUGAGGCUAUUUAUAGGAACAGAAAACCCCCAUUCACGUCACGCCAAGAUCUCCUUUAUACAUGUAUGAACACAAUGUAGUACCGGUACAUCUAGUUCGCUGAUUUAUAUUCAUUAGCACGUUUUGUAAACGAAAGAAAGGCACCGACAGAUGAAGGAUGGCCGCGGAAGUGAAACAGAAAAGCUUGGCGCAGCUUGCUGCCAUGCAAUUUGUAGCUGGGGGUUCUUCAGGUUUUAUUGAGGUGUCAAUCAUGCAUCCGUUGGAUCUGAUAAAGACACGGUUUCAGAUCCAGAGAGGUCCAGGUGAUCCUCACCACUACACCUCCCUGGCAGACUGUGUCAGAAAGAUAUACAGAACUGAAGGUACUCUGUCAUUUUACAAGGGUAUAUUACCUCCCUUGUUAGCAGAAACACCAAAGAGAGCUGUAAAGUUCUUCACUUUUGAGAGAUACAAGAACAUGUUUGCGUAUGGAGGUCAUUUGCCACAGGCAUGGGUAUUUUCACUAUCUGGGCUAGGGUCUGGACUGACAGAAGCUGUAGUUAUCAACCCUUUUGAGGUGAUUAAGGUCAAGUUACAGGCAGAGAGGAACCAGUUUAAAGAGCAAAAAAGUACUAUGGCAACGGCUCGAGAGAUCAUUAAGGCACACGGGUUUGGAUCACAAGGUCUUGGCAAAGGCAUGACUUCCACACUGGGUCGGAACGGUGUCUUCAAUAUGGUCUACUUUGGUUUCUACCAUACCGUCAAAGGAAUCAUUCCAGAACAACCAGAUCCAACAAUGGAUGUUCUCAGACGGUUCUGCAUUGGUCUUGCAAGUGGGAUAUUGUCAUCGGUCAUAAACAUUCCAUUUGAUGUUGCAAAGAGUCGAAUUCAAGGACCACAACCUGUCCGGGGCGAGAUCAAGUAUAGAACGUGCUUUGCUACCAUGGCAACUGUGUAUAAGGAGGAAGGGUACCUUGCUCUCUACAAAGGACUUUUGCCAAAGAUUUUGCGACUUGGUCCAGGAGGUGCAAUAAUGUUCUUAGUCUAUGAACAUGUAUUUGAUUGGAUGAAGACAAACAUGUGAUAGAACUGAAAAUCAAUUACCCCAACGGUCUGCAGGCAGAAAAAAUCUGCUUUAGUACUAGUUAUAGAAAUGUGGUGUUAUAAUACAGUGGGUUUUGUAAUUAAAGGGGAAAAAAUAUUCCUUUUUUAAAUGAUUUUCUGUGAUAAUGUUAGGAAAAUAAUAUUGAGUCAUGAAUUUAACCUGUAGUGGUUGCUCUUUUAUAAUAAAUGUGUGCUUAUUUUAUUUUAUACAUGAAUUUUUUUAAAGCAGCUUUGAAGUUGUUUAUACGAUUGUGAUUUUUUUGUACAUUGUAAAGCUUGCACGUUACUCUUAUUUGCAUAUUGAUAAUUAUAUGCUUCAAAAUAUGGUAAUUAUUAUGUGCUUUGUUACUGUUAUGUGUACUUUGGGACAUGUGUAUCUUGCCUUUAUAAAUUGUUGAAUGUAUUCGACAGGGUAGCUUUGAUAAAUUAAUUAUUAUUCAAAUGUCGUAGAUAUUAUUAUUGUUAUUUUUUGCAUUUAAUUGUUAAAAAAGCAAGAAUAUGUUUUUCCUUUUCCAAAGGAGACAGAAUUAAUUCUAAAUGUGUAUUUGAUAAUUUUGUUAAAGGGGCUUCGUCCUCCAUAUAUUCCUUGUAUUCCUAUUACAGAACGCAUUACUAGAAUAUUUUUAGUAACCUAAUCAAUAUAUAAGUAAAGUAUUUAUACCUAAUCAAAAUCUGUUUUCUGGAUAAAAUUAUAUUUAACAUAGUAAUAAAUAAUAAUAACUUUGAAAAUACUGUAUGCAUUUUAUAUUGUCUUGUAAGAUAAUACUUCUAGUGUAUUUAAUUGAAUUAACUAUUAAAGUACAUUUAUACUUGUCUAUGUGACUGUGUGUCAACACAAAAUCCAUGGCAUGUGAAACACUGCAAAUGGACUAUGGGCAUUAGCACAAACUACCAGUAGUAGAAAUGUGCACACAAGAUAUGCUAGUUUUGUUAAUUAAAAUGUGAUUAAAACAUAUAUCAGUCUU